CGCCUAGCUCCUUCACCUACGUUCUUCAUGGGGUAGGUCCCCCGGAUCUCCCAAGACAAAACAAAAGCGAGUAUCUUUCAUUACACAAAAUUGGUCCACACUCAACUCAUUAACCAUGUCUUGUACUAUCUAACUUCCCUUACAUCUAUCAGUGUUUCCUAUGUAUAUACCUCUUCUGGAUCUUUCCUUAUUCUUCAUAUUUUCUUACCAUAUAUAUGUAUCUUCUCCCCUCACAUAUUCUUACAUGUGAACUGCCCAUAACUCAUCCACCAAAUUGUCAACACUCCUCAACUUUCAAAUCUCUGCUUGUUUUUGGUCUUCAUUCACAGUGUCAACUCAGAUCAACCAAAACAAACUUAAACCAAAAAAUAAAAGAUGAACCCUUUGAUUUAUAAGGGAAAAAUCCCCACGAGUCCAAUGAUUUCAAGAACCCAAUCUCACUCACCAAGGCCAUCUUUUUCAAACUACAGGCCUAUUCAUUGUUUUAAUCAAGAAAACCCCAUGAACACAAAACCCAAGAUUUCCCAGCUCACAAGUCCAAAAGUGAUUAGUAAUAGCCACACCCUUUCAAGCAAGGGGAACAAGAAAGUGGUGGUUGUGGCAAAGGAAGAGUGUUGUGAUAUGAGGAGUCAACAAAUGAUGAUAUUGUGUGCAUUUGGGUAUUGGGUUCAGGGUUUUAGGUGUUUUCCUUGGCUGGCUCUUAACUUUCAUAUGGCUCAUUAUCUUAAUCUUCAUCCAUCCACAUUGCAGCUUGUGCAGAACACUAGUAAUCUUCCAAUGGUGGCAAAGCCUCUGUAUGGGAUCUUGUCUGAUGCUUUGUACAUUGGAGGGGCACAUCGAAUACCUUAUAUUUCUAUUGGAGUUCUUCUGCAGGUCUUGUCCUGGGGUUCAUUGGCAUUGAUCCCGGUUGCUGGUAAAGCCCUUCCGAUACUCAUGGCAUGUGUUCUAUUUAGUAACCUCGGAGCAUCAAUUACGGAGGUUGCGAAGGAUGCUCUUGUUGCAGAAUAUGGCGUGAAGAACAAAAUGGCCGGUCUUCAAUCUUACGCAUUUAUGGCCUUAGCCUGCGGUGGUAUCCUAGGAAACUUACUAGGUGGAUAUUCGUUGUUAAGACUACCACCAAGAUCCAUGUGUCUAGUCUUUGCAGGUUUUCUCUCCUUGCAACUGACAAUUUCUAUAGCCACUAGAGAAGAGUCUCUUGGUCUCGAAAAACCAAUAAAUCAAUCUUUGAUGAGUAAGCCAGUUUUGCGGACUUUUAAGGAACAGUAUUCUGAUCUAGUUGUUGCAAUUAGCGAGAAGAAUAUUUCUCGCCCUCUUAUAUGGAUUGUAGCUUCAAUCUGUCUAGUUCCUAUCUUGUCAGGCUCCGUCUUUUGCUAUCAAACACAGUGCCUAAACCUUAACCCUUCGAUUAUUGGAAUGUCGCGUGUGACUAGUCAAAUUAUACUUCUAUCUGCGACCGUUCUAUAUGGUCGCUUCUGGAGAAAUGUUCCUUUGAGAAAACUGAUUGGAAUGGUGCAGAGUUUGUAUGCGACCUCUCUCUUUCUGGACCUCGCAUUAGUAAACCAGUUCAAUCUUAAGUUUGGAAUUUCGAACGAAAUCUUCACUCUUUGUUUUUCUGGCAUCACAGAAGCUAUUGCACAGUUUAAGCUCUUGCCAUUUCAAAUGCUUAUUGCAAGUCUAGCUCCCCCUGGUUGCGAAGGGUCGCUAAUGUCAUUCAUGGCCUCAGCAGUCUGUUUAUCUUCAAUAGUUGGUGGGUUCCUUGGUGUUGGUCUGGCUUCGAUUCUGGGGAUAACAUUAGACAAUUACUCUAACUUGUCUUCAGGAAUCAUUAUACAGUUCAUUGCAGCAUUAGUGUCAUUACAAUGGCUAUAUUAUGUUCCUGUUUCACAACCUAGUGGUGAACAGGGAUGGAAGAAAGGCAGAAUUCAGCGUACACGAAAGAGUGGGAGGAUGGUGUUUAAUUCAGUUGACGAGUACAGAAGAGAACGAAGGUCUGGAUACCGGAAUAAGAGGCUGCUUCAGGAAUAAAUCAUCUCCGGGAAAAUGUAUAAAACAAUUGUACAUAAGAGCUUAGGCGGUGGUUACUCUGUGUUUGUUUAGGUGAAUGUGUAUUUUGUAAUCAGGCACGGUGCAGUUUGUGUAAAUUUCACACGAAAGGAUAAGACUAUUCUGAUUGUAGUUGUAGAUCACACUCAUAUUUUCAACAGUUUGUGUAAAUACACGAAAGGAUGAGACUUUUCUGAUUGUA